UGUCGAGUUAAAGUUGAAGGUACUGAAACUAAAACUCAAACAUUUGAAAGUCAAACAAAUCCACAAUUUGAACAUAUAUCACAAUUUUUAUGUGCAAAUCCACUUCAUGAAAAAUUAAAAAUUGAUGUAUGUAAUGCACAAAGUAGAAAUGAAGUAAUUGCAUAUUUUGAAAUGCCAAUUAAACAAAUCUAUGAUACUGAUACAAUGACUAUCGAUACCCAAACAUAUCCACUGAAAAGUGUAUCUGGACCAUUAGAUAAAACAGAAAUUAUUCUUCGCUUAUCACUUUUCAUUCUAUCUCCUGGCCAUUCAAGUGAAACUCGUUUAAGUUCAUCACCACAAACACCAUCUGCUACGCCAUCAACAUCAAGAACAACUACAAGAACAGAUAGUAAUCGUAACAAUAUAUCAACAAAUUUUGGUACUAUAAAAAUUGGUAUUCGUUAUAUUAUUCAUCGUUCAGCUUUAUCUGUAACAGUACAUGCAUGCCAAGAACUUAUGAAUGUUCAUCAACUGAAUUUACCGGAUCCAUAUGUACGUCUUUAUUUAAUACUGGAUUUCAAACAUGAUAAAGAGAAAACAAAAUCUAUUCAUGAUACACUUAAUCCAAUCUAUGAUGCUUUAUUUGAAUGGCAAGCAUCAUUAGCGAAAAUAUGUCGACAACGUCUGUAUUUAAGUAUCAAAAAUAACUCAUCUUUAUUUAAACAAGAGCGAACAUAUAUGGGGGAUAAAAAAAAAAGUAUUGCUUGGUAUGCAUUACAAAAGUCAAAUACAAGCGGUGGUGGCAUCAUAAAAGUAAAAUAUGAUACAUUAGAAUCAAAUAAAUAA